AUGGCUGGACAGCGUUUAUCAGAGUCUGUGUUUAAGGGACUGUGUGUCAAAGUGGGGUCCUUUCAAGAGGUGAUCAUGAGAAGAGAAUUGAUGGACUUCGGGGAACUGAUAACAAAUCAAGUAAUAAACACAAGAGAAGAAGAAAGUAUGAUGAUUAGUGGGAGUACCAGCGAAGGAUUCAGGCUACAGGGGUCAGAUUUGGACUUAAUGUUUUGGCCAAAUGACCACAUCGCUAUAUGGGACCUAGAUCAGGCUAAGAAAUAUGACUUAAAUAGAAAAACACUGAUUCUCUGUGAUUGUUCCGAUAGCCCACCAGGAUUUGUUUUACUCGAAUUACUGACAUCAACACACAAGGAAAGUGUAAUGAAUGCAUGUAUGAAAAUAAAUGACAGACUCUACAUAUCCAGUUCCAGAUAUAGAGAGAUCACAUGUUCAGAAGUUAUACCUAAUUCUACGGAACAUGGUCCCUGUGGUAGUGGUGUUAUGGUAGGAACAGAGUAUGACUAUGCCCAUUGUUUUGUCUGUGAUUUUUGGCCCCAUCCUGCCUCCAAAUGGAUAGACAGGUGUCACUCAUGGCCACCGCCUUUUAUUGUUGAUGAUAUAGUCAGAAAUGGAUGUCACUUUGUAGCAAUAGGACACAAAUUAGGAAAACACACAGACAAAGAAUGGAGAAUGUCAUUCUCUUUGGCAGAAAAAAAAUUGUAUAUUCAAUGA